GACGUAGGAACACUUAUUUUUACAAAUACAAUUUUUACCAUAACCUAUAAGCUUAUAUUUUUACAGAUUUACAACAAUAAUAAUCAAGUAUUAACGUUUAUUAUAUAAAGAGUUGAAAAAGUUGAAUUUUAUUUAAAAAGGAGUGAAUUUGAUUUGCAAAAAAUUAAAUUUGGAGUGCAGAAUCUGUAUAUGCGUACAGUACCGAGUUUUUACUCCUCAUUGAACUUUUGCAUAUAAAUCGGUCAUUGACGUUAAAGCUUUAAAAGUAAACCUACCAAGAGUUUAUGUACAUCUAUUUAUACAAUUAUUGAUUUAAUGAUUGAUCCGUAACAAAGUCGUUAAGUCGAAUGAAGAAAAGUGAUAAUAUUGUAUUGUGAGCACAGAAUUUUAAUUGAAAAUAAAAAAUUGAUCAUUGAACCAGUUGUGGUAUCUUGAAGACGAAUGAGCUUGAACUGGACUUAUCAAACAAUUCCAAGAGGGGAUUCCCUGACUCUCUAAUAGAAAUCAUGACAGUGCAAGUAAAGUACAAGGACUUAAUCGAGGAAUUUGUAAAGAUUUCGAAACCUUGUGUUUCUUUUGAAAAUUUGGAAGAAAUUAAAAAUGAAUAUUCUUACGAUAUAGGAUCUAAACGAAAAAUAAGUGGUAUACAAAAUCUUGAAGGAUUAAUUAAAGUGUUAGAAAAGUAUACCAUACUCGCUUACGACGACAUUAAACCGUUGUAUUAUAUCGAAAAGAGAUAUAUUAAAAAAUCUGAUUUGAUAACAAAAUUAAAAAACUAUGAAGAUUGGUAUAAACUGAUGAAUUAUCCAUCGUAUUAUAAUAUGUAUCAAAAUGAUAAUGCACGAUCUUUACCGAAAAAUAAUCAUCAUGAAACAUGUGAUAGAAGAGUAUCGCUAAAUUCAUUACCGGAAAAUUCUGGACUAAAUAGUCAUAAUUUAAGAUUACAGGAAACACCAAAACAAUUAUCUCAAACUUUAAAUAACAAGGAAUCAAAAUUAAAACAAAUAGUUGUAUUGAAAGUCAGCGAACAAUUGGGACGUUCUUGGAGAGAUGUUUGCAGAUUUAUGAAUCUUAAGGAAUAUCAAAUAGAUGAAUUAGAGAAUAAAUAUCCGUGUAAUUUAAAAGAACAAUGUAAUAAGGCUUUGCAUAUUUGUAUUUCGCAAAAUAAUUCAGAGUGGAAAAUGAGUUUAUUACACGCGUUAGAAAAAGGAAGACGUAAGGAUGUUAAAGAGGUUGUUGAAAAAAUCUUAUUGCGUAACGAAAUAUAAAAUAUUUUUUGUAUAAAUAUAAUAUGUAAUAUAUAACAUUAUUAUUUAUAAAAAGGGAAUGGAAUUAAAGCUUUGAAAAAGUGCAUGUAGCAAUAUAUAUAUAUUUUUUUCUUUAAAUAUACUUUAUAUAAGAAAGGUUUAAAUAUAAUUGUUGUAUGUCAAACAAUUGUGUAAACAUCACACAUCUUUAAUACGUUUUAGAAGAAUAAAGCAAGAUGCUGCAUUUCAUUGAUCGUUGGUAAUCUAAUUAACAAAUGUUAAAAUUUUAAUGUUAACUAUUCGAUAUGCCUUAUUUAGGAGAAACAAACAA